AUGAAGCCCGAAGAUGUCGAAAAAGCUCAUGGCUCCCCGUCCGUUGAGAGUAUGGAGCAGUUUGAACUCAAUAAAAGCGCCUCCAGCAGUUCCUCCGAUGCUACAGUUGUCGAAAAGCCCGAGAUUGAGCCGCCUCGAUCAAGGCUCAAGCAGUAUUUUGCUAGUUUAAAGGGCAUGGAGAAUCGGGGAAUUGAGCGCGUUCCCCUUGAAGAACGGGAGGAAGUUACGCCGUCGACUUCGCUGCAUAUGAUGCUCAUGUGGUUUAGCAUGACGCUCGCGACCAAUAACAUUGUUGUCGGGUCUAUGGGGACACUUGUUCUAGGGCUCAGUUUCAAAGAUGCAGCUUUGUGUGCCAUUUUUGGGUGCAUAGCCGGUGCCUCCAUCAUUGGUUAUAUGAGUACAUGGGGUCCUAGGAGUGGAAAUCGAACUUUGAUCGUCGCCCGUUAUUUCAUGGGCUAUUACCCCAGCAAAGUUUGCUGCGUCCUCAACAUCUUCACCAACGUCGGGUACAGCAUGGUGAACAGUGUCGUCGGUGGCCAGAUCCUAUCAAUGGUCUCCGGUGGCCAAUUAUCGGUCAUAAUUGGCAUCAUUAUCGUCGCAGGCACAAGCUUAGCCAUGGCAUUAUUCGGCAUGCGCAUCUUCCAAAUAUAUGAACGAGUUGCUUGGCUACCCCAGCUCAUGGUAAUCUGCGUCAUUCUGGGCUCAGCAGGACCUCACUUCGACUUCAAUAUUCAAACAGCCGCGCCAGAGUCGCUCAACGCCAAGCGUAUCACCUUCUUUUCUAUAGUUCUAUCUAUCGGUCUCGCAUGGGCUCCCUUAGCCGCAGACUACUACGUCUACUACCCACCCCAGAUGAGGCGCUGGCGAACAUUCCUAAUGACCGUCCUUGGCGCCGCGCAGGCCAUGUCUAUCACCCUCCUUGUCGGCAUAGGACUAGGCACAGUUCUUGCAAGCUCCACAUAUUACUCCAGCAAAUACGGCACAGGUCCCGGAGGCCUUUUGAUGACAGCCUACGACAGUCUAGGUGGGUUUGGCAAAGUCUGUGCUACUAUCAACGUCCUUGCCUUGGUUGCGAACAACACCCCCGGGGCGUACUCCAUGGGCAUCAACCUACAAAUGCUCGGUGGAUUCCUCGGCAGAAUCCCGCGACCUAUCUCUACGACUCUUGCCACGAUUGUCUAUGCUGCGUGUGCUAUGGGAGGUCGUAACUCUCUUUACAGUGUUUUCAAGUCUUUCUUGCCCCUCAUUGGAUACUGGGUUGUUAUCUACGUUGUGAUUGUUGUGCAGGAGGAUGCUAUUUUCCGUCGGCGAAAGGGGUAUGAUUGGUCUGCGUGGAACACUCGCGCUCAACUGCCUAUGGGUCUUGCUGCGAGUGUUUCCUUCUUUGUUGGAUGGGCUGGUGCAAUUGUUGGCAUGUCCCAAGCAUACUAUACUGGCCCAAUUGCGCGGCUCACUGGUGGAGCUGAUUUGGGUCUUUGGUUGGCUGCUGGCUUUACCAUGCUGGCCUUCCCGGCUUUGCGAGUAUUUGAGCUGCGGUAUAUCGGUCGCUAA